AUGGAGACGCCAUUGCCGAUUAAUUUACCAAUUGGGCCAAACGAUGAGGAUGUCACAAUGCGGGACUUACCAGCGGCCGCUGUUGUAGAUCCCGAACCCAUUGUCAAUGCCGAUACGGAGAAUGAAUGUCCUCCAAGCUCAACACCACGGCCUUCGUAUACACCACAGUUUUCAUCUGCGUCAUGGAUCCUUGAUCUUAUUAAAAAUAAUGAAGAACCAUCACGUUCAAGUUUAUCGAAUGAGCCAGAGGCGGUUCCACAAACCGGCGAUGAAAGCAAAGGUGUUUCAAAUGGACAUGAUGGUUCAAGCAUACACGACACGAUGACAAUGCCUAUAUCGCCAACUCAUCAGCCGUUAGAUAGUGCGGCGAAUAUUAUUGCGACAUCUCAGCUUGUUGGAAUGAAGAGGAAGCGAGAGCAGGAUGAAGAAGCCGAUGAUUUCACUCAAAACACAAUGUCGCUUCCCCUCCCUCCUCCAACACCAGUGUCAACGCCAUCAGCAACACAAAUACUGAGUUUUAUGCCAUUAGGCACUGAUAUAAGGUGCUCUGAAUGCGAUGGAAAUUCAUCGGGCUCAGAUAAUCCGUUCAUUCUUUGCAACAGUUGUUCAAGGCUAUGGCACCAAGGAUGUGUGUCAUUAACAAUAGAAGAGGGGGGUACACAGUGGGCUUCAAGAUUCAUGUGCCCUUCAUGCUUAAGCAUGAGUGAAAGCGAUGUGAUAGAUCGUCGCACGGGAUUUUCUCAACAGCAGAAUGAAAUAGAGAGACGGCGAGCAAAGAACUUGGCGGCUCUCCCAAAUGAUGUUGUUCCAGCCAAAGAAGAACUCGUUGGUUUUUGGCCAGGCCAUGCAUCAGACGCGGCAUUAACAGAGUACUUUUAUGGAAAGACAAAAACUGAUGUAUUAAAUAUUCUCUCAUUUUGCGAUCAGCUCAAGCCACAGUUGUUAGUUGACAUCAUGGUUUCUGUCGCAAAGAAACACCCCGAUCUGCCCAUAUUCGACUCUCCAAGUUGGAAUGCCAAAGCUAUGAGCUCCAUUUCGGGCAGAGCAAAGCAUUCACAUCAGAGCUCUCGGUCUACAACGAAGCUACGACACGGACACACGGUGCUGGAAUCCAGGGUGAAGCACAAACACAAGACUUCUAAAAAGACUAUCAAGAUAGCACCAAUCCCCUUGGAAGAAGAAUCACCGUUGAUGGAUUAUGGAGAUUCUCUUCCGCCCAUGUGGCCCAAGGCUGGCGAGGGCCUAUAUGCAAAACUUUCUCCAGAGGAUGAAGAUCGGAAGUUCUUGUUGGAUGAGAAUGACGAGGAGGCGUUUAGUCAUUUCGGGGUGGAUAAAUUUGGCAAGCAGAUUGCGAUUCCUGUAAGUGCUUGA